UCUCGCCCAGUCAAAAUCCAAAAAAGGUGAAAUGUGUAUCAAAGUGGGGCGGCGCUAAGUGAGGGGCAAUUCUUCGCUUCCAUCGAGGGCCCUCCCGGAAGGGUAAGCAAGCCAAUGCAACGCGACUGGAGUAGCUUGUGAACCGUGCCUGCGAACCCGCCAGCUUCAAGCUUGCAACGCGAACGUCGACACGAGACGCGCCAGCCGCAGCAACACAACCAGACCACAUUCGCUUGCCCAGCCUGAAAUACAUUCUGUCAAGAUGUACGGCGACUUGGGCAAUAAGUUGGUGCAACAUGCUAAACGAACCCAAAACCUUUCGCAUUUACCAGCGUACCAAGCCGAGAUAGUGCGCGCCGUUACGCGCGAAGUUCGAGACCUCGAAAAAGAUGUGACGGAGGUUCUUGAGCCUUUUCAGGGCUCCUUCGACCCAGCCACCAACCAAGCAACAGCCUGCACAGUCCUCGUCAACUAUCUCUCCAUGCGAAGGAACAAGCGAUGCGUUCUCGCAUACCACCGAACUCGGACAGAUAAACUGGAAGAGCUGGCAUGGAAAGGAGUCGAUGUGCUUGAUUUGGCCGGGCAACAAGUACGAGGCAAUGCGGGUACAUCAACGGGAGGUCCUAAUGGCAACGCCGACGGUCCUACGAGCAGUCUAAGUCCGCAAGAGGAGGAGUAUGUGAGGCAAUACGGUGAUCUGCUGGCUGCCUACAAGGGGCAAUGGACGGACAUUGAUCUUACGGGCAGCUUGGAGCCGCCGCGAGACCUUUUCAUUGACGUGAGAGUCUUGAAGGAUGCAGGAGAGAUCCAGACUGAAUACGGCGCCAUCAACUUGACCAAGAACAGUCAGUUCUAUGUCAGACAGGGCGACGUGGAACGGCUGAUAGCACAGGGUUAUCUCCAAAAACUCAGCUGAUGCUCAUGAACGACCUCGAUC